CCAAGACACGAGCUAAACAUGUUAUUGGUGUUGGCUCUGGUACUACCUAUAGUGUGUUCAAGUGAUAUCGUUCAGUUCGACUGGAAUACGAUGCCAAAUUUUAACGAAGAGGAACAGUACAACGACCGAAUUGACAACGCCAAGGACCUGAUCAGCUUGGAUUUGAAAAACGACAACUUAGAAUCGGAAUACGGAGUCUUCGUCGACGAAAGACCGACGUUCCAAACACAGAAGAACCGAACGAGAAAACGCAACAAAAUUCAAAAGCAGACGCAUAUUCAAAAAGUUUCGAAUGCACCGGAACACUCCGUUAAUGGUAGUACCAAGCAACGAAUUAACCUGCUGCUUAAAAAUUAUUUGUCGAAACUAUACGCACAGAAAUUUCACAAAAAAGCCAACCACGAAAGUAAAAUCUUCACUGACUCCUUUUGGCAAUUCAACAACAAAACCAAGAAAUUUAAAAACAAGUUCUUGAGUUUGUUUCAUAUUGUUCAGUUCGCCAAUUCGCAGUGUCAGUCCACUAGUACUGCAGGGGACUAUUUAGGUACUUGUUACACCGAAAGUGAGUGUGCUACCAUGAACGGUACCAGUGUUGGGGCUUGUGCGGAAGGUUACGGCGUCUGCUGUGUGUUUAGGUACUCUUGUGGUGCAAGCUCCAGUCAAAAUUGCACGUACUUCGAAAGUCCAGGUUACCCAGAUUACGACCCUCCUGGGUCCAUGGUACUACCUCCAACUACUGCACCUCCUCCUACAACAGCUCUGCCAACACCGGAUCCUCGAUUAAAGUACUUCUAUAAAUUACGACGAUUUAGCAGACAAGCGGAUACAAGUUUGGCUUGUGCUAUCAAUAUUUACAAACAGUCGGAUAAUAUUCAGCAGAUGAGGAUUGAUUUUAUUGAUUUGGAACUGAAAGGACCGACGGAUGGUACUUGUGUGACUGAACGCUUGGUAAUCAGUGGGCAAAAUGUGAACGACCAAGUACCAGUAAUUUGUGGAUAUAAUACCGGACAACAUGUGUACGUCGAUGUUUCGUCUCUCACAGGACCUUUGCAGUUGUCGGUCUUAUCAACUGUCGCUGACCGAAAGCGGUUUAAGAUCAGAGUGUGUCAGAUUGCCAAUUCUUGUAGUAAUUCUAACAACUGUUUGCAGUACUAUACGGGAGCUACUGGGAUGAUAUCUUCGUUUAAUUAUGACCAGGCCGCUUUGAUUAAUAGGAGCGAACCAGGGUAUUUUAAUAAUCUAAAUUAUGCAAUCUGCAUACGAAAAGAAGCCGGUUAUUGCUCCAUAACCUACACCAACAGUCCUGCCGGCUUAGAGUAUCCAUUCCAGUUGAGCAACGUGGAUGAGAAUGACGAAAGCACUGUGCCUCCAGGUCAGGCAGGAGCUGAAAUAUUCAGUUGUCCAGACGACUAUAUUGUUAUUGGUGGAAUUAGACUGUGUGGAGACAAACUCAAUGAUGGGUCAUUGAUAGAAGACUUCACGAUGAAUGCGCCUGUGACAGAUACUAGUGGAGGACCUAUCGUAAUUCCCGUUAGAACUGAUGAUUCAGUGACUGGUCGUGGGUUUAAGUUGUUUUAUACACAAAAUAGGUGCCCCAAUACGUAGUGUUAUUUAUUUAUCGUAUUUAUUCUUGUCUGUGUUAAGGAAUUAAAUAAAAAUGCAA